CUCAGCUGUGGGGUCGCUGGGUUCAUGGGCGGGAGCGUAAAUCGUCCACAUAAAAACAAACAAAGUUUUGUUGUUUUCCAUUUUUGUGCAGACUGUUUGUCAUGAGGCCGGUGGAAAUUUACACAUCUGAUGUGGACUAAGGUGUACAAUCACUCAGAGCUCAAAGGUUAUGGUCCAUAUUGACAUGACAGCAUCACACAGCUGCAUGAUGGGAGUCUCCUGUUCCACCACAUCCCACAUGUUCUGGACUGAGAUCUGACUGUGGACAUGGUUGGAGUCCAGUGAACUCAUGGUCAUGAAACCAGAUGAUCUUCGUGACAUGGUGCUUUAUCCUGCUGAAAGUGUAGCAUGGGUUAGGGUCCACGUGGUCAUGGAUGGACAUGGUAGUCUGUGGUGUUUAAACCAGGCUCAGGCGGCACUGGGGGUCCAGAGUGGGACAAGAACAUCUCCCCCACACCAUUGUACCACGCUGCAGCAAUGAUACAAGACAGGACGGAUCCAGGUAGUUCACAUAUUCUCUCAUUAACAUUAAUUAAACAGCUGAGCAGGUGCAGAGUGACCAGUUUAUUUAAAACAAACUCAAGUGGGACAGUGGUGAGUCUUUACAUUGAUGCAUUUAAUAAAAUCUGGUUGUGAGCCAAACGCUUCUUUAUGCAGCUGUGAGGCCAGUCUGCAGGUCUGUGUUGGGUCAAGUCUCAUGUUUAAGGAAUGUAUUCUCAGAGAUAAAAAUAUAAGGAGAAAAACAAGUUCUGGACGUGAUAGCAAGUGGUGACAGGAGGGAAUUCCCUCUGGACCAUUGUGAUGUUUCCCAUAUUUGGUGCACCGUUUUCCCACAGUGUGGGGUUUUGCAGGAUAAGAAAUUCAUGGGUCAAUUUCUCAUCAGAAUAUCGCGAAUGUUCAGUAACUGUCCAGUGCAUGCAAAAUAAGACUGGAAGUCUGCUUUUCUCAGGUGCAGCUUGUUUCCUGAUCCUCACCGCUGGGACCGCGGGUCCCCUGGACUUUCUGAUUGGCCGUGAUGAGCGGUGAUGUCACCGCCUACCUCGCUGUCCAGGCCGGCGCGGCUUCGAGCGCAGAUCCAGAGAGAGAAGCUAAAACACUCCGUGGAGUCGGCGCGCGAUGGGAUGAGAGCUGCGUGAACGCCGCACAGCGCUGCCUGGAUGAGACCGAGCUGGUCCAGCUCACAGAGCAGCAGCCCGUCAUGGGGAACGGUGGUGCGUUCUCACCGGUGAACCUCCACAAUGGCACGGGGAGCGAGGCGCCGGGCUCCGCUUCACCUGCGUCGGAGCAGUGGAUGGCGGGGAUGAGCCUGGUGAUGGGUCUGAUCGUCGUGUCCAUCGUGUUCGGGAAUAUCCUCGUGAUCGUGGCCAUAGCCAAGACGCAGAGGCUGCAGACGCUCACUAACGUGUUCAUCGUGUCGCUGGCGAGCGCGGACCUCAUCAUGGGGCUGCUGGUGGUGCCGUUUGGCGCCGCGCUUGAGGUGCGCGGCUCCUGGCUCUACGGCUCCUUUUUCUGUGAGUUCUGGAUCUCCGUGGACGUGCUGUGCGUCACCGCCAGCAUCGAGACCCUGUGCGUCAUCGCCAUAGACAGGUAUGUGGCCAUCACCUCACCUUUCCGCUACCAGAGCUUGUUAACCAAGGCUCGCGCAAAGGCGGUGGUGUGCGUGGUGUGGGCCAUCUCUGCGCUGGUCUCCUUCCUGCCCAUCCUGAUGCACUGGUCCCGCGACAACGUGGACACAGCCUGCUACGAGAACCCGGAGUGCUGCGACUUUGUCACCAACCGGGCGUACGCCAUCUCCUCAUCCAUCAUAUCUUUUUACAUUCCUCUCCUGGUCAUGAUCUUCGUUUACGCACGGGUGUACAGAGAGGCCAAGCAGCAGCUGAGGAAGAUCGACAAGUGCGAGGGCAGGUUUCACAACACCCUGACUGGACUCACCUCCAAGUGCAAGAAGAGGCCGUCCAAGAUCCUGGCGCUGAGGGAGCAGAAGGCGCUCAAGACGCUGGGCAUCAUCAUGGGGACUUUCACUCUGUGCUGGCUGCCCUUCUUCAUAGUCAACGUGGUGCGGGUGUUCAGCGCAGAGGUGGUGGACAAGAACCUCUUCGUGUUCCUGAACUGGUUGGGGUACGUGAACUCGGCCUUUAACCCAAUCAUCUACUGCCGGAGUCCGGACUUCAGGAAGGCUUUCAAGAGGCUGCUGUGCUGCCCGAGACAAGCCGACCGCAGGCUGCACAUCAGCUCCUGCGACCUGUCCCGCUGUUCCGGCGGGUUCGUGUCCGCGCUGGAGCCCGGGACCUUGGAGAUGUGGUCGGACUGCGCCGUCCUGGACAACAGCGACAGCAGCCUGUUGGGGACAGCGAAACUGUCCCACUCAGAAUCACAACUGUGAAGAAAAUAAAUAAAACCAUCCAGAUGGAGAGUUAAAAAUAUAUACAAACAGGAAAGGAUGCGCGUAAAAUCCAAACCAUUCGCUGUAAGUGGAGUUUUCUGUACAAUCAGUUAAAGAUCUUGGUCUUAAUUCAUGAUGCGAUAAAUCCAAAAUCGAAGGUUUGCGCUCACAGAACACAAAGCGCUUUUUCCACAAAAGCGCACGAGCCUUAAGGUGAUUUAUUACUGCAGAUGCGACUUUUUACUCCAGAUCUGUCGACUAGGCGGCUAUAAUAUUAAAAGAAUCACGUUUUGCUGAUACCUUUGUUCAUAAUGGGAAACAAUGUGUUCCUAAAAUGAUCACUGAGGCGCUCCAAAACGCGCAUAACGUGGAUGCCAAUAAGCUCUUAAUUACCUCACAGGCCGGUGCAAUUUAUACGGCAGGUACUUGUUUAUAUUAAACAUAAUGUAAAAUAA